AUGGCUAACAACCAAGACCAAGAGAUUAGAGAAGAUAAAAAGAAAAAAGAUUCUGAAGACAAUAAAGUAAAUGAAGACAAUGACCAGAAGAAAAAUGAGAGUAAGAAUGAGACAUCUAAAUCAGGCAGUAGCAAAUCAAAUUCAAAAUCGAGCAAAUCAGAUAAUAAAAAUGCCACUGAUAAGGCUCCAGAGAAUGUCAAAAACAAAUCAUUAGCACAGGAAAUUCAGGAGGCUGCCAAGGAUAAAUCAGAGCAUGAAGACUCUGAAAAUGAAGAUCUUACGUUUUUUACUCGUAAGAAACAGGAGAAAGAUUAUUCAAUAUGGAGCAUUGAUGAAUGGAUGCAUGAUUACCUUGGCGACUGGAAUUCUACACUUGUGUACAUGUUUGAAAUUAUUGUAGUUUCCACUAUAUUGUUGCUUCCAUCUGUGUUUUGGCUCAUUAAAGAAUGGCGUAAUAUCAACUUUAGGUCAUACUUCAGCAAUCCCGGCGCAAUUAAGGCAGACAAUGAGGGUUUAUUUAGGGUUGCUCUCUUUACUAUAUUGUGGUAUACGUUUGAUAUUUUCAUCACUCUCUUCAGCGAAAAUUUUCUUUUGAUCAUGGCUAUAAUUUUGCAUACAUUUCAGCUAAGUGAGUCAGAAUUCUGUUGGUGCAUGGUAGAUGUCCUUUAUACCUCUCGUGGCUACUUCAGAAUGUCUGCAGACUGUCUUUUCAUUUUUUAUCUUUCUGUUAUUAUGUUUGAAAAAUAUUCCAAACCUAAAAAUUUUAAUAUUUUUAAUCCAUUAGUGAUAAAGACCUUAAUUCUAUGGCUUGGAAUUUAUACGGGCAUGCUCUUUGUUAUGAAGUUUGUGGUAAAUAUUUUCAUAUACGAUGUUAGAAGAUCUUCAUAUAAAGAGGCUAUAUUGGAUUUAAAUCGCAAAAUCUUUCUAUUUAGGAAACUAAAGGCUAUAAGCGAAGCUCACAGCCAAAGUGAAAAAAAAGAUAUUGCUGAAAACAUGGUGCCAACAUACGAUCCCGGAUUCUAUCUCAAGGAUAAAGACUUGUUUACAUCAAGAGAGGAUGCUAUGAUUGUAGUUCAAAACAUCAUGGCUCUUCUUAAGAAAAAGAAACUCGCUUAUCAAGAUAUCAAACAAUACUAUCCAAACGAGUAUGAUGUUGUAUUUAAGUAUUUUACUAGUUCAGACACUGUUGAAGACAAUCAGGUAGUUCAUGUCAAAGUUCUCAAAGAAAUUGCAAAAGACUUGUAUAUCAAACGAAAGGAUAUGGGAAGAACCUUAAAUGAUCGAGACAGCAUCUUUGAAAAGCUAGAAGUAAUAUUUUUUCUAAUAGUUUCAUAUAUUGCUGCCAUAAUUCUAUGCAUUCUCUUUGAGAUUGACUAUAAAUUUUAUCUUUUUGGUUUCGGAACCUCAUUGCUGACAUUUUCCUGGGUAUUUGCUGAUACAAUCAAAAAGAUUUUCAAUUGCUUUGUGUUUGUACUAGUAUUAAGACCAUAUGUAAUUGGAGAUAAAGUGAAGAUAAACGAUGAAGAAUAUGUUGUGGUAAAGAUUGAUUUGCUCACAACCACGUUCCUUAAUAAGACAAAAACGAUCGUCUAUUUGCCAAAUGAUGUAUUAAUGGUUACGAAGAUCUACAAUACAUCCAGAAGUCCACCUCAAUGUAUGGUUGUUGAGUUGACAGUUGAAAAUACGACAUAUGAUCAGGUUAAAAAGCUUGAGGAACUGGUUAAAGAUGAGGUUGAGAAGGCAGCAAAGCAUUUUACAGAUGCAGAGCUAAUUGGAAAAUCAGUAGAUAAAGCAGUUUUUUCAGUAAGUGUUGUGCAGAACUUCCAGAAUACAAGUCUUACGAAGCUAAGACAAGAUAAAUUGAUCAAAAUAUUUGAAUCUUCAAUGAAGUCAGCGAAUAUUACACACAAAAAUUCUUUUGUAUUUACAAUGUCGUAG